AUGUCACGAGCACUCGACAAGAGUCUCAAGGAAUCUCUGAGACAUGGAGAUCAUCAUUCGGUAUUUCUAGAAAUCUCAAAUGUUCUUAUUGAGCCUUCAAAUGAGCUUCUAGAGAUCGAGUUGUUGGGUAAAAGCCACGUCGUCGAUGCCUACACAUCAGUCUUGCGAGACGAGAAUGCAGUGGCCAUACCAAAGUUACGCCUUGUGCAGGCGUUUAUAGUGGCGCAGAAGCUUCUUAAACAGUUCCAGGCCGAUAAACAGCGGGUAUCGUCAGGAGACAUUUCAAGGUCAACUGCAGUUAUCCUGUUGAUGGACCCAGAGCACCUAACAGCUGCCAACACAAGAAAACGACUUAUCAGAGACAAGUGGAGAGAAGAAGACCUGCAAGACAGACUACACCUCGAGAAACAUCUGAUUGAUAGUUUACUGACCAGUCGGCUUCAUCGACACACGAAGUCACCAACACUAUGGAAUCAUCGCCGAUGGCUGAUGGAGCAAUAUCGUCCUCAUAAUAUCGAGGUUACAGCCGAGGAUGGCCUCACAAGAACUAUCAUGAUAUCUGGAGAAAGACAUCCACGAAAUUACUAUGCCUGGUGUCACGCUAGAUAUCUGGUUAAUACCUUUAUCCUAUCAUCCUCAAGUUCACAAGAGGGCAUAUCACGCAUCAUCAUCGCUGCGCAAAAGUGGUGCUUUGCCCAUCACAAUGACAUAUCUGGCUGGCAAUUUCUUCUGUUCCUGCUAGACAAGCAACCUGCCGAAACAUCGCCUGUGUUUCGCGAGACAUUGAAACUCGCGGCCUCGUUCAAGUGGGGGAAUGAAUCUGUGUGGUACUUCCUUCGGCUUGUGACUGCUCGGGGAGUUACAAACUCUGACAAAGACGAGUUUGAAAGUCUGCGAAAGACACUCUGGGAGACCGCGUCUGAGGGCAGUAUUGAGAAGAAGACGCUUGAAAGAGCAGAGCAGUGGCUCAUGGCUAGUCCAUGA